AUGGUUGUGUAUUUGUUUCUUUGUGCAGCGUUAUUGCAGUUAUCAGGGUUCUUGCAAGUUGUUUCAGCUGGAAGCAGUCCUCCGAAGUGCGGUCUGAGCUCUAAGCUGUGUAAGGAUGGCUCAGAGUGUGUGCUCUACAGCCAUGUGUGUGAUGGGGAACCUGACUGCAAGGAUGGAUCAGAUGAAGAGGAUUGUGCAACACAAUGCAAUGAAGGCCAGUUCCAGUGUGCCCAUGGGAUGAAGUGUAUAGACAAGGACCAGGUGUGUGAUGGUGUCCCUCAGUGUCAGGACCGUUCUGAUGAACUGCAGUGUAUGACGCACACUGAGGGCUGCAUUCACCAUUGUGACAACAAGAGUCGCUGCUUGCCUGCAACCUUCCUCUGUGAUGGAGAGAGGGACUGUUUAGAUGGCACAGAUGAGGCAAACUGCGAGGACCAAGAGGAAGACAAAUAUGACAAGAAAGAAGUAGUGGCCAGUGCAACCUCUAAGCCUCCUGUGCCAACCCCCAUCAAGUGUCCUUUGGGCUCCAAACCGUGCAAAAACAAAGCAGAGUGUGUCCUCUACAACCACGUCUGUGAUGGAGAGGCAGACUGCAGGGAUGGCUCAGAUGAGGAGGAAUGCUUAUCAGAGUGUGAAACAGACCAGUUCCAGUGUGCCCAUGGUAAGAAGUGCAUAGAGCAGCGCCAGGUGUGUGACGGCGUGCCUCAGUGUCAGGACCGCUCAGAUGAACUGGGAUGUGCUGAGCACAUGGAGGGCUGCGCUCACCAAUGUGAUGACAAAAGCCGCUGCAUUCCUAACAGCUUCCUCUGUGACGGAGAGAGGGACUGUUUGGACGGCAGCGACGAGGCAAACUGUGCUGAUGAGGUGUGCAGUGCCAGUGAGUUCAAGUGCACCAGUGGCCAGUGCGUGUCCGCCGUAAUGCACUGCGACGGCCACCCGGACUGCUGGGACCGCUCAGAUGAGGAGGGCUGCACCAAAGCACCAGUGUGCACCACCAAGCACCGCUGCCCCCAGAGCAAGGAGUGCCUGGUGCAGGAGUGGAUCUGUGACGGAGACCAGGACUGCAAAGACGGCACAGAUGAAAAAGACUGUCCUGUUGCUCCUCUGAACUGUGGCAAAUUCCAGUGGUCAUGUAAAUCCAAGACCAAGUGUGUCCCCACAGCCUGGAGGUGUGACGGCAUGAAGGACUGUGAGGAUGGCAGCGAUGAGACCGACUGUGGGGUGGUGAAAUGCCUCCCUCACCAGUUCCAGUGUGGCAGUCAGGAGUGCCUGGAUCCAGCCCUGCUGUGCAACGGCAUCACCAACUGCGCGGACGGCUCUGACGAGGGAAAGAGCUGCCAGACAAAUUGCUCAGAAGCCGAUAACAGACGCUGCUCUCAGAGCUGCCACAGCACACCACAGGGGACGCGUUGCAGCUGUACAGCAGGGUUCAGGCUCCUGGAGGACGAGCAGACUUGUGUCGAUAUCGAUGAGUGUGAAGGCCAGAGCUCGAGUGGGUGCAGUCAGAUGUGCAUCAACACACCUGGCUCCUACCAGUGUGACUGCCACCCAGGCUACAUAAAGGAGGCAGGGGGACACCACUGCAAGAUCACUGGUGAACCUUUCCUGUUGACAUCAGUGCAAACGGACCUGUACCUGUUUGGCCUGCGCAGCCGCAGCCUGGAUGUGUUGUCCUCCUCUGCCAAGAAGGCAAUCCUCUCUCUGGACUAUGACUGGAGGGAGCAGAGGGUCUUGUGGGUCGGUCUGGACAAUGAUAGCAUCAAGUGGUCCUCGAUGGACCAGAAGAACACAGGAGUUCUGAUUCAAGGUGUCCGAGCUGAUUCUGUUGCCGUGGACUGGCUCGGGAGGAAUCUGUACUGGAUUGACGGAGUGAACAGUCAGAUAGUUGCCACCAGACUGGCCACAGCCUCCAAGAACUUGCUGGACCACAGCGUCAUCCUGGAUGAAGACCUGGAUCAGCCCCGGUCCCUAGCACUACUACCACAAAAGGGGCUAAUGUUCUGGACUGAAAUUGGUAAUGUGGUGAAGAUUGAGCGGGCUGGGAUGGACGGGUCGGAGAGGAAGGCAGUGGUGAACUCCAGUCUGGGCUGGCCGGGCGGUGUGGCUGUGGACACCAUCUCUGAAAGGGUCUACUGGACAGAUGAAAGGCUGAGAUUGAUAGGAUCUGCAACGCUCGAUGGCGACGAUAUUCGGAUUCUACAGAUGAAAGAGACCACUAACCCAUUCUCCCUGGCAGUGUUCAAUGACAUGCUCUACUGGUCUGACGCCAAGAAUCGAGUGGUGCAGGCUGCCCAUAAAAUCACGGGCAAAAACCGCCAAGUUCUCCUGAAGAGGCCGAGGCAGCCUUUCGCCAUAAAGAUCAUCCACCCAUUGCUCCAGAUGGGCACGGAGAAUCCCUGCAAGAAGGUGCAGUGUUCCCACAUGUGUGUAUUAGCCCCGGGAUCCAAGGCCGUGUGCAAGUGCCCCUCUGGUCUUUUACUGGCUGAGGAUGGCCUGACCUGCUCCACUUCAGUCAAUGCAGGCUUCCUGCUGAUGCUGUCUCUCUCCACUGUCACCCAGAUCUACCUACAGUCCAGACACACAGCAACUGGACUGAAGGGCUGGCCUGAACACCUGGCCCUGCAGGUGCCCAAUGUCAAUGAGGCAGCCAUCAUGGACUACAGCCUACGUGACCACACCCUCUUCUUGACAGAUGAUGGCACGACUUCACUCAGCUCCUUCAUACUGAAGGACUCAGACUUGGCCUCUCAGGGCCAGCUUCUCAAACUCCUGGGUGACACCAUCACUGCCAUGGCCCUGGACUGGGUAACGCUCAAUGUCUACUGGAGCAGCAACAAACAGCCCCGCCUGCAGGUCACUUCCAUCAUAGGUGCACAUACAGCUGUUCUACUAAAGGAAGGUAUUAGUAGAGUGGAGUCCAUCGCCCUCCACCCUCCCAGUGGGAGAGUGUGCUUCACCAACCUGGGUCUGCAGGGUACAGGUACUGUGGCUACUGUAGAGUGUGCCAACAUGGAUGGUGCUGAGCGCCGUGUGGUGUGGAAGGAUGCUGUCCAGCCCACAUCUCUGGUCUUCUCCAGUAAUGGGGCUACUAUCUACUGGGCUGACACCAAUUUAGGCGUCAUUGGUUCUGUCCAACUUGAUGGAUCUGGAUACAAAGAGUUGAAGGCUGGCGAUGGCCUGGCUGCUUUGGCUCUGAGUGACGACAUGCUGCUUUGGAUGACUGUCAGUGAUAAGACCAGGCUGUGGUACAGAGAUGAGCAGCAGCAGAACAAGUUGUGGUUUGAGGUUGGCACAGAAGUGGUGAGCUUGAAGGCAUUCAGCAAGUCUAGCCAGACUGGUUCUAACCAAUGCGCAGAAAACAAUGGCAACUGCCAGCAGUUGUGCCUCGCCACCCCAACAGGCCGGACAUGCAAGUGUGCCCAUGACUACACUGUGAAUGGAACACACUGUGGUCCAGAGCUGAGCUGCCCAGCUGGCAGCAGGCCGUGUCUGGAUCAUCUCUCAUGCCAGCCUGUUGAGAAGUUCUGUAACGGGCAUGUGGACUGUUCUGACCAUUCAGAUGAGAACUGUGUUAAUAUGAAGCUGUGGCCAGGAGUCAAGGUCCCUGCUCCUACAGAGUCCCAUAGUUCUUCUUCCACUCCCUCCCCCACUCUGUCAGAAGACACUGAUCUCAACAUCUCCCUGAAUGCCAGUAGUAAGCUCUUGAACCUGGACACCCAGACAUGCAACCAGAGACGGUGCAGUGGCAACGGACGCUGUGUGGAGAUCAAUGGGAACACUGCCUGCGUGUGUUCACUGGUUUACAGUGGUGAUUCCUGUCAAGACAACCUCCUAAAGACCAUGCAGGGUCCCAUUGUCUAUGGCGCUGCUGGCCUCUGCAUUGCAGUGGUGGUCACAGUUGUGAUAGCAGUGGUGGCUAAGAGGAAGAAGAGUGCCAACACAAGGAGUGCUAACUCAGCAGCGGUGAAGGAAACGAGUAUGACUGACCUGGAAAACAAAGUUGAAACCACCCCAAGUACACAGACUUCCCCAGCAGAUGCAGACAAGCCAGAGGAAGCGGUAUCUUCUGUGGACUGA